AUGAAGUACAUCUUAGCCUGUUUCAUGGCCGCUGGCCUUAUGGCCUCAAUUGCCUCGGCCCGUUCCGUUCUCGCCAACUUCCAUAUGGCCAAUGCCGAGACCUACACUCCCGAGACCUGGAAGUCCGACAUUGAUGCUGCGAUAUCCAUGGGAAUCCAAGGAUUUGGCAAGCUUACCUUUUCUCUUGCUUUCCCUCGAGAAAACUGA